AUGGCCCAUGCAUCCUUUAGGAGGCAAUUAUUGAUGUUCUACAAACACUUCUACAAGUUGCGGAACUUGGUAGGACGAGGCAAUGCCAUCAGCACAAACAAAUACCAGAACAUUCUACGGAGAAGCUUCCGAAACGUCUCAUUCUUUACCAGAAGGGAAAUCUUAUUGAAGGGAGAGACAACAUCUGAAUUGACGGAGGACGACAUGUCCAAAAGGCUCAGCAAUACCUUGGUGUUUAUUUUCAAUGCUACUGUCAAGAAAACGGACGAGUUUGACAAUGAUGAAAUCCUCUUUUAUGAGGACAUUCAAAGGACUAACACCGACACCACCGAGUCGAAAAUCUUAUCAACCAUCUUGGAAAUGGAGUAUCAGAAGCCGGACGAGAUCAAGUACGAUUUCAACUAUGAAUGGAUAGGCAAGUUGAACAAAGAAUUGCUUCGUUACGAUGAGUUUAUGGAACGCUCAAAGACUGGAAAAGGUUUCAAGAGCAAGGUACCUAUGAAUUACAUAGGGUUCAAGCAGUACGAGACCACUCUUAUGAGAUUCAACGAGUACCACAACUUAUGCUUAUAG